CACUCACAAAAAUGUUCUCGACGACACGGCAAGCGACGGCAUUGGCGCUGCGCGUCAAGCCUGCCACCUCGCUCAACACAUUCCGCGUCGCAGGACCUGCGGCAUUCAUCUCUUCAUCGUCGAAAAAGCCGGCUGAAGCGACACCGACCCGAGCAUUGGGACCAGCCAAUGUCAAGGGCAACCCGGGCGCUCCUCCGCCCAUGAAGAAGACUAUGGGAACAGAUGUACCAUUGCCGAGUCAGGAGGGAAAUAACAGUGUGGUGGAAUAUGCGCUCACCACAUUGGACGCGGUGGCCAACUGGGCACGACAAGGAUCGCUCUGGCCCAUGACAUUCGGUCUCGCGUGCUGUGCUGUGGAAAUGAUGCACUUGUCAACGCCACGAUAUGACCAGGAUCGCAUGGGAAUCAUUUUCCGUGCCUCACCACGACAGUCGGAUGUUAUGAUUGUGGCGGGUACAUUAACCAACAAGAUGGCACCAGCUUUGCGACAAGUUUACGACCAGAUGCCCGAUCCGCGAUGGGUCAUCAGCAUGGGAAGCUGUGCUAAUGGUGGAGGUUACUACCAUUACAGUUACUCAGUCGUGCGCGGCUGUGACCGAAUCGUGCCUGUCGACAUCUACGUACCUGGCUGCCCACCAACCGCCGAGGCGCUGAUGUUUGGCAUCUUCCAGCUGCAGAAGAAGAUGCGGCAUACCAAGAUUUCCCGUAUGUGGUACCGCAAGUAGACGGUCGAAUGGAAAUUGGAGAUGUGCGACAGGGAGGAGUGUAACAGUGAUAUUCGCUAUAGAGUCGUCAAGGACGAGGAAUCUGCACACGCUCUGCGAGACCAGGAGCUUUAUUGAUGCGUUGGCGUUUGGGCUAGACUUUGAACAGUCCACAAUUUCUCUUUUGUUGUACAUAGUGCAUCGUCAUGGAGCAAAGAAGUAGUUGCAGAACUUGCAAGAUUAUCGUCUCAAAUGGGCCAGGUCGGAAAUUAUGGUGGAUGUGCCCCGGUUGCCAAAAACGUGAAGCUCCCAAUGACCACAGGAGCCAGUAG